GACCGAUCUGUCGACUGUCGAAUGUACGGCUGUUUUCGUUUCCACCAGUAAUUGGAUUGAGGUUAACUUUCAAAGUAGUUUUAAUUAAUUUUUUUGUUGAUUUUGUAAAGGAAAUAAUACUACCAUAGGAAUAAUAUCAAAGAAGAAGUAGAGUUAAAAGUUUAUAUUAAAAAAUGAGUAGCAAGGAUAAUGAGAGUACAAAAAGUGUUAAGAAGAAAAUGAGCAUUUCCGAUAUAAAAAACCAGGUUGCCAGCAUGUUGGGUGCGAUAGCAGAACUAGAUUCUAAUGAACAAUCAGAAGCUUACGACUAUCUCCAAAAAUGUGUCAUCAAUAUGGAAGUAGAUGAUAGCUUACCUCCUUCUGACUCAGGUUGCAUAGAGACUGAAGACUGCAAUUCUAUUUCAAACGACUCGGGCUAUUUGGACAAUAAUAAAGAUACAUUUGCUAGAUACAUUUGCUCGAAGUGCGGCUUGAUUUUCGCGAUGGCCGAAGAGCUUCUAAAACAUAGCACGCAGCAUAAGGAACCCUUCAUCAGCUGUUUCACGUGCAGGAAGACGUUCUGUUCAGCCGAUGUUUUCGACAUUCACAAGGAGUUGAAAGUGUGUACGAAAGCCACCUCGAAUCGGCCGGUCAAAUGGACCUGCACGAUAUGUGAUCGCAAUUUUUCCAACCCUCAGCAUUACUCACUGCAUAUGAAGGGCCAUGAGCGAAAUGAAUGCACUAUUUGUGGCGCACAAUUGAACUCUAGAAAGCUGCUCGAAAAGCAUAUGAUGGAGGUGCAUAAUACCAAAGCAGAGAAGAUAUUUUUGAAGUGUUUAUUUUGCGAUAUGAAAUUCGUGCAGAAGCGGUCACGACUGAAUCAUUACAGAACAUUCCAUAAAGAAGAAUCAGAAUUAUUUGUUUUAUAUGCGGUACUGCCUUCAAUACGAAAGAAAAUUACGUCAGCAAUAUUUGACACACGUCAAGGUCAAAAAUGCGAAAUUAAACAAAUGUCAACAUAUUUCAGGUGUUUAUUUUGCGAUAUGAAAUUCGUGCAGAAGCGGUCACGACUGAAUCAUUACAGAACAUUCCAUAAAGAAGAAUCAGAAUUAAUUUGUUUUAUAUGCGGUACUGCCUUCAAUACGAAAGAAAAUUUAGACAACCACUCGAAAACACAUACUGUGCAGACUUUCAAAUGCGAAUUGUGCAAUGCUACUUUCUGCAGACGUCAGCAAUAUUUGACACACGUCAAGGAUCAUAAUAAGUAUUUGUGCGUGACGUGUGGCAAAUCGUAUCCGAACUUGAAAGUGUUGGAGCCGCAUGAACAGGAUGGCCACAUCAUAGAGGGCCUUCAAACGCAGUACAACUGCCUCGAGUGCCACAGAGGCUUCCAUUUUCAUUCCAGCCUCUUCUAUCACAUGAAAACACAUGAAAACGAGAAGACCUUCUUCUGCCAAGAAUGUUGUUCGAUUUUCAAGAAUAAAUUCGACUACAGACAACACAUUAAUUCAGUCGAGGCGCAUGUCAAAGAUCUAGUUCCUUCCAACGUUUUCGAGUGCACGUACUGCAAUAAAACAUUCACUGUCAGAAGAAAACUGCACAGUCAUCAAUUCAAGUGCAAAAUCAAGAAAACAGUUGUCCUUUCGUGUGACCAGUGCGACUACAAAACUAGCCUUAAAUACAAGUUGAAAGAUCACAUGAACACGCAUCUGAACAAUAAGCGGUUCGUUUGCGAGAAAUGCGGCAAUGUAUUCGGUUCGAGGAACCAGUUGACUGAACAUUUGAACUACAUCCAUUCGGACGAGAGGAAUUUCAGCUGUGAAAAGUGUGGACAAACGUUCAAGGCGGUGAAUGUGCUGAACAGGCAUAUGGCGUGUCAUUCCAACGAGAAGAAUCACAAGUGCCAUUGUGGACAAGCGUACAAGCUGAAGAGCAAUCUGAGGCGACAUCAGCUGCAGGCUCAUGGAAGUGCCACGCCCAAACUCGUCAAGAAAAUGAUGGCUGCCGGCCAGAGUCUGGCCAAUAUAGGCAAGAAACAACAAAAGCGUAAAGCCAAGGACAGUGCAGAGGUGCUGGUCGACAACAAUGUGACAGAAACUGUCUACAACUUGCUGGAUUCGCAGUAUCUCACCGAGCCCAACAUGAUGCUACCUAACGACAAUCAGAUGCUGCAAGUCUCAUACCCGGGCAUGGGUUAUGUGCCUGAAAACAAGGCCCAACAUCUAGUGUACAGUCAGUCGUUGGAUAUUGACAAUCUGCAUGUGGUUGAAACUAUGCUGCAGACGGAGGAGUCGUUGAAGAAUGGAGGGGGAGUGCUGGUGGACGCCGGGCACUCGGUGAUGUUCGAUCGACAGCUGACUGAACACGAAGCGGCCGCCUUCCAUCUGACGGCAUCUGACGUCAUUCAUCCGCCGAUCGAAACGUCGCUGGUCACCAGCUUGGGGGAUCCGCUGCAUCACACUGAUGCCGAUCACUUGGUUUCGUCCACGGCGCAACAAAGCCUCAUCAAUGCCUUGCCUGAUUAUCUACCUCAUAAUUUCCCUUUUCUCAACAUGUAACACAGUGAUACUUUAGUGAAUUCAAUUUCAAGAACUCAUAACUGAAAGGCGUCCAAUGAAAUGUCAGUUGGAUCUACAGUAAUUUUAAUGAGUUCAAUUUCAAGAACUUAUAACUGAAAGGUGUCCAAUGAAAUGCCAGUUGCCUCUACACUGAUAUUUUAGUGAGUUCAAUUUCAAGAACUUAGAACUGAAAGGUGUCCAAUGAAAUGCCAGUUGCCUCUACAGUAAUAUUUUAGUGAGUUCAAUUUCAAGAACUCAUAACUGAAAGGUUUCCAAUGAAAUGCCAGUUGCCUCUACAGUCUACAUAUUGACAGAAAAUAUUGAAGAAUAUUUAUCCGAACUUGUAGCCAUGUGAUGCCUUGCAGCUUUUCUUUCCUCAACAUGUAAGUAACAUAUACGGUAUCUAAUAAUUUUCUUAUUUGAACUUGUAACUACGAGAUAAAUCCAUGAUUUUUGUCAAUUU